AUGGCUAUAAGCACAGUGAUCGGAUUGUUUACUAAUUCCUUUAUCAUUGUGGCUCAUGGGAUGGACAGAGCCAAAGGUAGAAAUAUUAAUCCAAGAGAAUUGAUCCUGUCUACACUGGGUCUCUUUAAUAUUGCCUACCAAUUUAGCAUGGUAGCUAAUGACAUUGUUCUGUACCUUUGGAGUGAUCUCUAUUUCUCUGACAAUGUUUAUACCAUCUUCUCCAUUCUUCUGCUCUUCACCAUUUUCUCCAGCUUCUGGUUCACUUUCUGCCUCUGUGGUUUCUACUACGUAAUGCUUGUUAAAUUUGAGAAAACCUUCUUAAUGCGUCUAAAGCAAAAUAUCUCUGAAGUAGUCCCUCGGAUGCUCUUGUCUUCUGUGGUCUUGUCACUUAUAAUUAGUGUUCCGGUGGCAUGGAAUAUAAAGAAGGAAGACUAUAGUACUCAUUUCAGUGAAAAUGUCACUGACAACUCCACUGUCCAGGGUGCACCUCACAUGAGUCUUCAGUACCUGCUGGUCACCAGUAUAAUUGGUUGCUGUAUACCUCUCAUAUUGGUUGCCAUUUCAAAUAUUCUUAUUAUAAAAACUCUAUGUCUCCAUGCAAAGCACCUUGGGAAAAACACAGGUGGAAUGAGUGUGCAAAGUGUGGAGGCAAGUGUAUCUGCAGCUCGCACAGUUUUUCUUUAUGAAUCUGUAAGUAAAAAUGUAGCUUUAAAUCAUGAAAUGCUGUAUUUUGAGAAGUGUUCUACUUUAGAAUCAUUGCUUGUAGGGGAGAACCUAGUGUCUCAAUGGAGCACCAUACACAGUGGGCACACGACACAAUGA